UGUCAACGCGGCGCGGAGCAUUGUGGGACGGAGGCGGCCUUUCCUGGAGACACUGGAGGAGUGUGUGAGAGAGCCUCUUGAAGUGUGCGACUUAAAUCUUAGAGGGAAAUCGAUACAGGUUUAACGAUUUUUAAGAGUGAGAACUGCACAGGUGAAGCUGUAAGCACCGAAACCACGCUGAAGCCGAGACAUGGGGCAGGACGAUUUGAUGAGUACCGCCGAGGACGUGGCAGACCAGUUCCUCCGCGUGACGAAACAGUACCUGCCUCACCUGGCGCGCCUCUGCCUCAUCAGCACCUUCCUGGAGGACGGCAUCCGCAUGUGGUUCCAGUGGAAUGAGCAGAGGGACUACAUCGAGGCCACCUGGGGCUGCGGCUACUUCCUGGCCACCUGCUUUGUGCUGCUCAACCUCUUAGGACAGCUAGGUGGCUGUGUCCUCGUCCUCAGUAGAAAUUUUGUACAGUAUGCUUGCUUUGGGUUAUUUGGCAUCAUAGCUCUUCAGACUGUCGCCUACAGCAUUUUAUGGGAUCUUAAAUUUUUGAUGAGAAACCUGGCCCUUGGUGGGGGUCUGCUGCUGCUGUUGGCGGAGUCUCGAUCGGAGGGGAAGAGCAUGUUUGCGGGGGUGCCCACUAUGGGCGAGAGCUCCCCGAAACAGUACAUGCAGCUGGGGGGGCGUGUCCUCCUGGUGCUCAUGUUCAUGACGCUGCUGCACUUCGACCCCAGCUUCUUCUCUAUCCUGCAGAACAUGGUGGGGACCGCCCUCAUCGUCCUGGUGGCCAUCGGCUUCAAGACCAAGCUGGCCGCCCUCACCCUGGUGGUGUGGCUCUUCGCCAUCAACGUCUACUUCAACGCCUUCUGGACGGUGCCCGCCUACAAGCCCAUGCACGACUUCCUCAAGUACGACUUCUUCCAGACCACGUCUGUCAUCGGGGGGCUGCUUCUGGUGGUGGCCCUGGGGCCGGGGGGCGUCUCCAUGGAUGAGAAGAAGAAGGAGUGGUGAACACCUACCCCACCCACCUACCCCACCCCCUCCAAAAUCCACGCCCCUCUAAUGUUCUGGGACACACGGACCCCAGUAACCCUGUACCAGCAUUGACCAACCACCGCAGUGACAGCACUCUCUCCUCUAUGUCUCUGUUUCUCUCUCUCUCUCGCUCGAUUUCACUCUCUCCUUUAUGACAGGUUUUUUUUCAGAUGCUCUUUUGUUUUAAUUAGUUCAGGAGAUGGUCUUUUUUUUUAUACGUACAUAUUUAAGUCGCUCCCACGAUGAGAUUGCCAAGAAAGAAAAGUGACUGAUUAAAUCAUUUACUUCAAGAUACGAGGAAACUGGUUCCUGUGUCACGGGUCAUGUUGUUGCCAUUUUUUUUUUAGUUUGGGUUUUCCUUAUGUCUCUCAAUGUCAACAGUAACAUUAGUGCCCCCUACUGGACGCAGCAAGCAGGUUUAGAUAGCGUCAUGAGUUUUUGCAGUGCACAAAUGGCUGGCUGCUUUCAGCAUUUCAGCCGGGAGUGUGUAUCCACCUGUCUGUGUGGCUGUGCUUAAACUGGAAACACAUUCUCUCUCAGCAAGCAAGAGCCGUUCUUAUUGGUGCAUUGAGGUGGGAGGUGGAAAGGGAGAAAGGGGAGGAAAACAUUUGCCAAAAGUAACCCUUACGCAGGCCACACAGAACACUAAAUCCCUUUCCUUCUGUUUUUGGAUGGAGGUCAUCUCUGAACCUCCUUAUUGACGUUGGGUCUUGUGGCACUGAGAACUGUAUUCCCAUUUGCUUCCCAAGGUUUCAAGCCCCCAAAGAGCACUGUCUAACCCCUCCAUUGGCUGUCUCAUGCACAGACACGCCCAAUCAGAGCCCUUCUAAUGAUGGAAGGAAGAGAGGUUUUCAUGGGGGAUUCAGUACUCAGCUUGCUCCGUAUACAAAAAAAAAAACGUGGAAUUUAAAACUUGAUUGGCCUUAGAGAAGCAAUUUUUACAGUUUCGUUUCGUAUGUUUUUUUUUUUUUUUUUCUUUGUCAGUUGGUACACACCGCUGUAUGGUGCGUGUCUCAUCAGUGACCUGUUCUUCAUCUGUCUGUGAUCUGGGCAGGUGAGAGAGUUUACAGUCUGUGAAUCACCUUACUUUACAAUCCACAGCAGCCAGAACAGGAGUGUGUCGGGCGGGCCAUUGGAAUCUCUCUUGCUCAGUGUUUUCGCUCUGUAACAGUUAAGAGAAACUCAGUGUAUGAAUUAUCAGAAGUUUAUAUUGUAUUUUUUUUGUUUUAUGUUUUUGUUCUGGACUUCAUGGUAAAAAAAAGAAAAAUAAAAAUGCAAAAAUAUUCAGUAUGUCAAAUAUGUUAAUUUUUUAUUAGACUUUGAUUGUGGCUGUUAGACACCUAUAAAAUGUACUUAAUGGGGACUGAAUUGUCUGAAUAUAGGGCAAAAAGCACUGUUUGUCUAAGAUCUCCAUUUAUUGUAUCAGACCUUUGUAAUUUAUAGUGACAAAACAACUCCUGUUA